UUCCGAUAAUAUAUCGCAAAAUGAAUUUCAACGCCGAGUACAUCGUCUCUUCGAACAACUCCAUUAACGACAACAAGGUCAACGAUAAGAAGGCCAAGUCGACCAUUCACCAGAUCAAGAAGCUGAUCAAGUGCGUCUUAAAGAAGAACAACAAAAACACGUUUAGAAAAAAUCCUCAGCCUAGUUACUUUUUAGACGAGGACGAAAUAAGCGACAACAUCGCCAACGAAAUCUUGGAAAACGAGAUUUUCGAGGAAAUCGACACUUGUGAGGAAUUUUCUGCCGUUCCAGUCUACGACAAUGGUGAGAUUGACAUCCUCCCCGUUAACAGAGGUCAGAGAUACAUCCCAGUCCACUUCGCGAGAACAGAGGCGGGUACUUUCUUCUGGACAUCCAUCUCGGGGCCUGAUGCUGACAUCGCUUCCGUAGGAGACAAGAACGCUAUUUGCAAUUACCAGACGCCUGAAUUGCAAACUCCCUGCGACAGAUGGGCCCAAGCUUAAUCAUUUUUUCGCUCCAGAAAGAAAUGAUCCCCCUGUGAUGUCCAGUGCCUUAAUUUUUAAAUCAUUUGUGAUGGUUUUUGCUCAACUUUUUUUUGACUAAUGUCGAUGUGAUACUGUAGUUUUAAUAUUGUACAUUUUUUUUACAGAUUUUUAUCUGUUUGUGA